CACGGGGAGGGGGCAAUGGCUGUUGUGGAAAUGUUAUGUUACGGACGGAAUAAAAAGUAAGGAUGUGCAGAUACAGUGAUAUAAUGAACCAGCAGCCAGUGCUGGGCGUGGCCCGGUUUGGCACGUGACUGUAUCGCACCAGGUUAACGCGACAGGCGAAAGCAACAUGUCGCUCUAUCAAAAUAUUGUUUAAUACUACUAGAUAUAGAUUUGGCCACUAUUACCGAGGACUCCGUUUAACAGCGAUGGCCGCAAUAUUGCCGGAUGAGAAAGGAGGAAACUACUGCGGGGAAAUCCUAGAGCAUGAUGGAGGACUCUGGUACCUGCGGACGGCUAAGCUGGCAGUGGCAGUUGCCAUAAUAAGGAGCAGGCCGAAGGGGUGGACAGGGAGGGAGCAUGCGGAGUUCCUGGCCAGCAGACUCCACUGUGAGGACAACGACUGGAAGGCCAAGGCCCAGGGGCUGCAGGAGGAGGUGCUUAGACUGCGGCAGGAGCUCCUCCUCAGCAAGACUCGGGCGGAGAUCACGGGGAGCAGCGUUGCCGGAGAUCCUCCGAUGGAUGGGCGGUCCCAGGCAGCUGAGGAGUCCAUGCGGAUUAGCGGCCCCUGGGAAGGUGACUCCGGCUUUGGGACAGGCAGCAGCGUGGAGAUGCUGCCCCUGGGCGCGGAUGCUGAGGUGUCCCACGCUUCGCAUUUUUCUCUGCCGCCUGCCCGCUCCUUCAGCGCAUUGCCAUCUGAGCGGUCCUGUGCCGGAAGUCAUGGUCGCUCCAUGGACAUAGCUAUGCUCCAUCACACGCAAUUCCUGCACAGCCUCGUCGGCCUGGGCCAGCCGGCCGAUAGCAGGGACCUCCCCGUGGUGACAGACGCGCUGUGCCAGCUCCUCUCCUGCAUGGUUGAGGCCUGGGCCGACCCCCGGCUCCUCCCGCCGCCGUCGCUGAUCCUUCGGGCUGCAUGGGUGGUUGCCCAGGCGCUGGAGUUCCUGAGCGGGCCGGCAUGCGUCGAGCUUGUGGGACGAGCGGAAUCCUGCCUGAAGGAGCUGACGGCUCUACUGCUGGGCAACACGCGGCUCAACUGGGUAAGAACCGCCGCUCUCACGCUCUCGCGCUCCAGAUCCUCUCAGCUGAGGCGGGACGCUCCGAUAAGAUGAAGGGAUCAUCCAGCAAGUU